AACAUCAGAAGUGUUCUUACCUUCGUCCAAAUGGGUAAACGUAGUAAACGCUCGAAAGCUAAACGGAAGCGGCAACGGUCAAGUUCGAGUUCAUCCAGCGCCAUUAGCGUGUCUACAGGGAGAACUCCGUCACCUCCACCACCAAAGAGAAAUAAGGUAUCACAUAGAACUGAUACCCAAACAGUGAGUACAAAUAAUGUUCCUACCUUAAAUAAUAUGAUACCAGAGUUUAAUCCACUAAAUGAUGACGUAUGUGCUUGGCUCAAUAUAAUCAUGAACUACGCGCGAACCUUUUCAUGGACUGACGAAAUGAUCCGGUAUCAGGCUUUAAACAAAUUAAAAGGUCCCGCUAAAGUAUGGUACGACUCUCUCUUGCGCACCGAUUGUUCUUGGCCCUCGUGGAAAUGGGAGGAUUGGAAUAGAAAGUUAACAUCUAGUUUUCAACGGCGUAGAAACAUGUUUGAACUAUUAAAGGAAAUUGUCGAGAAUAAACCUAACGAUAAUCAAUCUCUUUAUGAGUUCUUUUUCGAACAGAAAUGCAAAAUUGAUAGGUUAUCGUUGGGUUUUUCGGAACAAGAUAUAAUUUCUAUUAUUGUGGGUAAUAUAGGAGAUUGCGGUAUAGGAGCAGCUAUCGAAGCUACUAAUUUCGGAACCAGUGACAAUUUAGCAAGUUUUUUACAUGGUCGCGUAUAUAAACCAUCUAAAAACGCGAAAAAUGUAGGCGCGAUUUCUCGAGACGUUCCGUCGAAAACUGAAACACAACCGUCGACAAGUCAAAACGUUUCUUCGUCUGGGUCUUCAGUUUCACCUAACGUAUCUGAACGACCCACCACCGCACGUAAUAAUAAUACGCACCAACGAAAACAGAUCAAAUGUUAUAAUUGUGGCGGUAACCAUACAAAAGCAAAUUGUGAUGUUGUUGUUAAUAAAAUUGCAAAUAAAAAGCAAUGCAGUUACUGUAACAAGCAGGGGCAUUUAGAAAAUGAAUGUUACCAUAAAAAGAAUGCAGUUAAAAUGGAGAAACAUGAAACAAAAUUCGUGUCUACCCACAAUCCGCGAAACAAAUUUAUAAAGAAUAUUAAUAUUAACAAUUUUGAACAUGAAGCUUUUGUCGACCCGGGUAGUAGCUGUUCACUCAUUUCUGCAGAUUUGGUUAAGAAACAGGAAAUAAAGAAAAUUAGGCUGCCCUUGCCUGUAACAUUGCAUAGCUUUAAAAAACAAAACACAGAUACAGUUACGCACAAGAUAACAGUUGAUCUGAAAAUCGAUGCGGUUUGUUUGACAGGAAUAGAUUUUUACGUUAUGGACGAUUUAGCGGAUUACGACAUACUGAUUGGCAGGAACGUGACCGAACGCGAUGAUUUAAUGUAUUCACGAGUAGGGAAUUCACUGAAGUUUGACUAUGCGUCUUCAUUCAAAGAAUUCUGUAAUACAGUGACCGAUCUUGAGUUAGAUGCUGAUUCUCACCAGAACGAAUUGAUAGCGCUUUUCAGAAAGUAUGACGGUUGUAUCUCGUAGUGAGAGAACCGCUAAAAAGUAUACUGGCAUUACGUCGGCAGAGAAUAUAAAACCAUGGAUAAAAAUUGACGAAUGGGACCUAUCUUAAUCAAAUCAAAAGUAUGUAUUACGGUCAUUUAUUGUC